AUGUGGGUGAGGCGCCAGCUGCCCCGGGCCCAGCCCUGCAGAAGCGGGGGCUUCCAGAAGUCGCUGGCCCUCAGCAUCCGGACCGUGCCUGGUGCAGGGUGGGCGCUGGAUAAAGUCCCCCGUCAGCUACGUGGACGAUCAGCUGCCGUCCACGAGGGCUCGGCCACCGUCCCGGCCGCUUCUCGCGUGAAGAAACGGAGGCCUGAGCCAGAGUCACUGCCUGGGGUCGGCCCUGGACAGCGGAGGAAGAAAGCAGAAGUGCCCCAGGGGACAGCGCUGCGAGGAGUGUCCCAGGGGCCUGGCUCCGGCCGCUGUCACCUCGCCAGGGUCGAGAGCGUGGGGCUGCGCCGGGGAGCGGCUGCCAGCUCUGGGACCCCUGGACGUGGACAGAGAAUGCACCGGAAGGGCCGGAAGCUGGGCUCCAGCCGCCGGCGGCAGAUGAGAGAGCCGGCCGACGGCCAGGAUGCCCUGGGCAACCCAGGGCCCGAGUCCUGGUCCUCAGAGGCCGAAGCAGAGCUGCAGACCUUCUUCCAGGACUGUGGUGCCAAGGACAGAGGCUUUGUCACCCGCGAGGACCUGGCGGAGGCCAAGUUCCGCUUCCUGGGCAGCGAGGAGGAGCCACAGAUGAUCUUUGACUGGCUGGACGCAGAGCGGAGUGGCCACCUAUCCCUGGAGGAGUUCAGCUCUGGGCUCAAAAACAUCUUUGGCUCCAGCCUGAGCACCCAUGGGCUGCGCAGGUGGCGACCGCUGCCCUCCCAGCGGGUGUCUAUGGCCAGCGGCUUCCCAGCCCUGGAGGAGGUCAGCGCCGAGGAGAGGGCCGCUUUCCUUGCCCUCGCUGGGCAGCUGGGGACCGGGCACCUGCUUCCUGAGCAGACGGAGAUCUGGCAGCUGUGGGGGAAACUGAGGCAGGAGGAGCCACAGCUGGCGGGUGACCUGGAGGGGUUUCUGGCCAAGAUGAGGAGCCGCCUGCAGGAGGUCCAGGCCGACAGGGAGGCCCUAGAGCGCAGGCUGCAGAAGCGCGACUCCGACCACCGCCGUGAGGUGCAGCGGCUGUACGAGGAGCUGGAGCACCAGGUCCACCGGGAAAAGCAGCAGCUGCAGGCCCAGAGCGACUCCCGGGGCCUGGCCCUCAGCGCCCAGGUGCAGGACGCCCUGGCGGCCAAGGAUCGUGAGGUGCAGCGGCUGGUGCAGGGCCAGAGCGAGCUGGAAGCCCAGCUCCACAGCCUCAGUGACACCCACCGAGAGGCCACCUCAGAGAACCUGCAGCUCAGGGAGGCGGGGAGAGACCUGGCCGAGCAGCUGGAGGAGGUGCGGGGACAGCUGCAGGUGACCCGGGGCCGCCUGAAUGCGGCCAGGGGCCGAGUGUCUUGGCAGGUGGAAGAGGAAGCCAGCGGCCCUGGAGGGAGCCUGAAGCGCCCAGCCCCUCAGGCCGUGGCCCCAGAGGAGGCGCCCCUGCCCAGGCUGUUUGGGGACAUCGACGAUGACUGGGCCCAGCUCCUGAGCGGCUUCGGCAGCCCCCGGCAGAUUUCCAUCUCCGAGCUGCACACCCAGCCUUCUGGCCAGGAGCCGCCUUCGCAACCAGGUCCAGAUGGGGCCCCACAGAGCCCGGCAGGGGAGCCCCCCAGCAACCAGGACAGGAAAGGAGAGGACGCAGGAGGGCAGGACCCCCGCCCAGAGCCACCAGCUGCACCCCAGGCCGGCUUCCCCUGGGGCCUCUCAGGGGGUCACGGGAGCCUGGUGGCAGCGGCACUCAGAGUGCUCGUUCCUGUGGAGGACAGUGGCUCCCAUCCCUCUCCCCAGGCUCCGGCCGGGGUCAGCGAGCAGCUCCAGUCCACGGAGCACAUGGCCCCUGGGACCGGGCCUGUCCUGGCCAAGCCGCUCAGGCAGACAGAGGCCCUGCUGGCUGAAGGUGCCAAGCCAGGCCUGGGGUCGCUGGGCACUGUGGUCCCCACACAGGGCCUGGAACCUGUGGGUCAGGCUCCCGCAGGGGGCCCAGAGCUGAGCCAGCCCAGCCUGGUCGGGCAGGAUGGCCAGCCUGGGGGGCUCCGGGAAGCCUGUGUCCGGGCCCUCGGGCCAGACGGGCUGCCGGUCUGCCCCUUCCACAGUCUGGAAGAGGAGCCCUGGGGUGGACAAGGAGAAGCAGUCGGUCUAGUGGGGCAGGACCCCAGUUAUGAGCAGGCAGCGCCCCAGGAAGGCUUUCCUCAGGCUGCGCCGCCACAGGGCCCCUCCUCAGUGUGGCCCCCUCCUGGAGAGACGCCCCCUGUAGAGCUCUCUGCCCCGCUCAGGGCCCAGGAGACCACACAGACCCUCCCCACCCUGACUGAGCCCAAAGCCCCACCCGGGCCCCAACCCAAAGCUGCCCAGGCAGAGAGAGAGCCAGGCCCCGCUCCACCUAGAGAGCCCAGGGCGGAAAGCCAGCCCUUGGCCCCUGACAAGCACACCCCCCAGCCUCACCCUGCCGGCACCCGCGAACCCCAGGCCAACCCUGACUACCUCUUCCACGUCAUCUUCCUGGGCGACUCCAAUGUGGGCAAAACCUCCUUCCUGCACCUGCUGCACUGGAAUGCCUUCGCCACUGGGCUGGCCGCCACUGUGGGAGUGGAUUUUCGGGUCAAAACCCUGCUGGUGGACAACAAGUGCUUUGUGCUGCAGCUGUGGGACACCGCUGGCCAGGAGAGGUACCACAGCGUGACCCGGCAGCUGCUCCGCAAGGCCGACGCGGCGGUGCUCAUGUACGACGUCACCUCGCGGGAGAGCUUUGCACAUGUGCACUACUGGCUGUCCUGCCUGCAGGACGAGGGUGCCGAGGGCGUGGUCCUCCUCCUGCUGGGGAACAAGAUGGACUGUGAGGAGGAGCGGCAGGUGCCCACGGAGGCCGGGCAGCAGCUGGCGCAGGAGCUGGGAGUGUCCUUUGGAGAGUGCAGCGCCGUCCUAGGUCACAACAUCCUGGAGCCCAUGGUGAACCUGGCCCGGGCACUCAGGGUGCAGGAGGACCGCCUGAAGGGCUCGCUGGUGGAGGUGGCACCCAGAAAGCCCAAGAGAUCCGGCUGCUGCUCCUGACCUUGCCUGUCACCUGGCUUCCCGCCAGCCGCCUGGGACGCAUGCCUGUGGCCACAUUGCUGUAAGGCCCAGGCCUUCCUCAUAAAAACCAGCAUG